AAAUGAAAAAUCCAAAUUUCUACUCCACUCUACAGAAUUGGCAAGUAAGGCGGGAACAGGAGAGAAAAAACCCCAAAACCUUGAAUUCUGAAUUUCUCCAGCCAUGUUAUCAACCGUAAUAGUUCUCGACAACGGCGGCGGAACCAUCAAAAUCGGCGUCGGCGGAGACAGAAACCCAACCCUCAUCACCCCAAACGCCACCGCAAAACCACCACUUUCUCUCUCCAAAAAACUCCUAACCUCCGACGAAAUCCUCUCUUCCGACCCCACCUCCCUCUCUCUCCGCCGCCCCAUCGACCGCGGCUACCUCCUAAACCCCGACCUCCAACGCGAUAUCUGGGCCCACCUCUUCCGCACUCUCCCACUCCCUUCCCCGCACGUCUCCUCCCUCCUCCUCACUCACCCCCUAUUUUCUCUCUCCUCUUCCCCUCUCUUCGAACUCGUCUUCGAAGACUUCAAUUUCCGAUCACUCUAUAUUUCCGAUUCACCCUCUUUGGUUCACCUCUACGAAGCUAGUAGAAAUCCGAACGGUGUUGUUUCGAGGACCCAAUGUAGCCUUGUCGUUGAUUGCGGGUUUUCUUUCACUCACUGUGCUCCAGUUUUCCAGAAUUUUACCCUUAAUUAUGGGGUUAAACGCCUUGAUUUGGGGGGCAAAGUUUUGACUAAUUAUCUGAAAGAAUUGGUGUCGUAUCGUACCAUUAAUGUUAUGGAUGAGACUUUGAUUAUGGAUGAUGUGAAGGAAAGACUUUGCUUUGUUUCCCUUGAUGGUCCUCGCGAUUUGCAGAUUGCUAGGAAGCCUGGCAAGGACAACCUUUUCAAAUGUACAUAUGUCCUUCCUGAUGGUAUUAUCCAUACAAAAGGAUUUGUAAAAGACAUAAAUGAAGCACAGAGGUAUCAGACUCUAUAUGACGGGGAACCAAACUCUACAACCAGUAAGGAAAAGGAUAUAGAUCCCACGGAUGAUGCGGAAGAUUCAGAAGAAGACAGAAGAAAAGGCGAUCCAACUAAAAAUGAGUUUAACUUGACCAAUGAGCGCUUUCUUGUGCCAGAGAUGAUUUUCCGCCCUGCAGAUUUAGGAAUGAACCAAGCUGGAUUAGCAGAGUGCAUUGUUCGUUCCGUUAAUUCUUGCCAUCCUCUUCUCCACCCUGUGUUAUAUGAAAGUAUCAUUUUGACUGGCGGAAGCACUUUAUUCCCUCAUUUUGCUGAGAGAUUGGAAAAGGAGCUUCGGCCAUUGGUUCCUGAUGACUACGAUGUGAAGAUAACCACUCAAGAAGAUCCUGUAUUAGGUGUUUGGCGGGGUGGUUCACUUCUGGCGUCUAGUCCUGAUUUUGAGACAAUGUGCGCCACCAAAGCCGAAUAUGAAGAGCAUGGAUCUGCACGUUGUAGUAGAAGAUUCUUCCAGUGAACUUUGGUUAAUUGAUAUAGUUCUUUUUGCUGUAUGCGCUGUGUGAAUGCAGUAUUUGUACUUUUUUUGAGUCCAUUGUAGAUUAGCAAAGGGCAAAGAGAGAAAUGGGUGUCAAUUCUGUUUUUACUCAUUCGAAAAUAGAAUCAAAUAAUCAGCUAGUGUUUAGAGUAGUUUAGGUGUUGUGCUUCUCAAAUUGUACCUCAAAAAUAGUCCAAUUACAUGCAUUAUAGAAUUCAUAUUUAGGACAA